AUGGAGCAAAAUACGACCUCCAAAUACUACCAAGAGGCUCUGGAGGAAUAUCGCGAGCUCUGCAAAGAUGAAGAAGACGCCUGGGAUAAAAGAAUAGACAAGACUGGAUGCUACGUCGAAAACAUGGCCCUUCAACUGUGCCAUGCAGAAACUAAUGACUGGAGAAAAUGUUUGGGAGAAAUGGCAUUGUUCCGUAAGUGCUGGGACUCUAAAGGUAAUCGAGACCGUGUCUCGACCGUAGAUAGGAAGUAG